AGAGAAAGAGAGAGUUGAAUGGAGAGAGCGAGAGAGAGAGUUAAAGGAGGGUGAGAGAGAGAGAGAGUUGCCACUGUCCAAGCCGAUUACAGUUUAUCUGGUCUGUGAUUCUGUCACUGUCCACUUGAGGGUUCUCCACUUUGUGGACGAGACGCUCCCGCUUUCUCCUGCUUGAUUGUUUGCCGAGCAGCAUGGAUGUACUGUAGUGUAGCGGGACUCAGACACCUCUACCAUGAGUUCCUCUGCAGACGCGCUCCUGUCAGCGGGGCAACUUUAUGGUGCGCCAUGCUGCCGCUGAGCCGCGCGCCACUCGGUGGGAAAGUUCUCGUUGAGAACCCCGCUUGUCCUACUUUCUUCACUUUGCUAUACCGUGUGACAAAAUGCAGAAAAGUGUCCGCUACAACGAAGGGCACGCGCUCUUUCUAUCGGCUGUAGCGCGUAAAGAGGGGACUAAGCGCGGCUAUCUGAGCAAAAAGACAGCGGAGAACAGCCGAUGGCACGAGAAGUUCUUCGCCCUCUAUCAGAAUAUAUUGUUCUACUCCGAGAACGAGCAGAGCACGAGACCCGCCGGGAUUUACCUGUUGGAAGGAUGCACCUGCGAGCGCGCGCCGGCACCCAAGGCAUCUACCACUGGGAGGGAAGCGCUGGAGAAACAGCACUACUUCCUUAUCGUGUUCGGUCACGAUGGACAGAAGCCUCUGGAGCUGCGAACAGAGGAGGAGAGUGAGUGCGAUGAAUGGGUGGAGGCCAUCCAGCAGGCAAGUUACUCUGACAUCAUCAUUGAAAGAGAGGUGCUGAUGCAGAAAUACAUCCACCUUGUACAGAUAGUAGAAACGGAGAAGGUCGCCGCCAAUCAGCUGCGCACCCAGCUGGAAGAUCAGGACACAGAAAUCGAGAGGCUCAAAUCAGAGAUUGUAGCUCUGAACAAAACUAAGGAGCGAAUGCGUCCUUACCAUGUCAACCAAGAAAAUGAAGAUCCCGAUAUCAAAAAGAUCAAAAAGGUGCAGAGUUUCAUGCGGGGCUGGCUCUGUCGGAGGAAGUGGAAGAUCAUCGUUCAGGACUACAUCUGCUCUCCUCACGCUGAGAGCAUGAGGAAGAGGAACCAGAUUGUCUUCAACAUGGUGGAGGCAGAGACAGAGUAUGUCCACCAGCUGUACAUCCUGGUCAACUGUUUCCUCAGACCUCUGAGGAUGGCUGCUAGCUCCAAGAAGCCCCCCAUCAACCACGACGAUGUGAGCAGCAUCUUCCUCAACAGUGAGACCAUCAUGUUCCUACAUGAGAUUUUCCAUCAAGGCUUGAAGGCGAGGAUAGCCAAUUGGCCAACUCUAGUGCUGGCUGACCUUUUUGACAUCCUGCUGCCCAUGCUGAACAUCUACCAGGAGUUUGUACGUAACCAUCAGUACAGCCUGCAGGUUUUGGCCAACUGUAAGCAGAACAGAGACUUCGACAAGCUGCUGAAACAGUACGAGUCUAACGCCGCCUGUGAGGGAAGGAUGCUCGAGACCUUCCUCACGUACCCCAUGUUCCAAAUUCCUCGAUACAUCAUCACCUUGCAUGAGUUAUUAGCACACACGCCUCAUGAGCAUGUGGAGCGCAAGAGUCUUGAAUUCGCCAAGUCCAAAUUAGAGGACCUGUCCAGAGUGAUGCAUGAUGAGGUGAGUGACACAGAAAACAUCCGGAAGAACCUGGCCAUAGAGCGGAUGAUAGUGGAGGGCUGUGACAUCCUAUUGGAUACCAGCCAGACCUUCGUCAGGCAGGGCUCUCUGAUCCAGCUGCCAUCGGUGGAGCGAGGGAAGCUUAGUAAGGUCCGUCUGGGCUCGCUCUCUCUGAAGAAGGAAGGGGAGCGGCAGUGCUUCCUUUUCACCAAACACUUCCUUGUCUGCACUCGCAGCUCUGGAGGAAAACUGCACCUUCUCAAGCAAGGUGGAGUUUUGUCCCUGAUUGACUGCACACUCAUUGAGGAACCAGAUGCCAGCGACGAGGAGUCUAAAGCUGGCGGUCAGGUAUUUGGUCAGCUGGACUUUAAGCUUGUGAUUGAGCCAUCAGACGCACCUUCAUUCACCGUGGUGUUACUGGCACCAUCGCGACAGGAGAAGGCGGCAUGGACCAGUGAUAUUAGCCAGUGUAUAGAUAAUAUCCGCUGUAAUGGCUUGAUGACCAGUGUAUUUGAGGAGAACUCUAAAGUCACUGUGCCUCAUAUGAUCAAAUCCGAUGUGCGUCUCCAUAAAGAUGAUGUUGACAUUUGCUUCAGCAAGACGCUCAACUCCUGCAAGGUCCCCCAGAUCCGCUACGCCAGCGUGGAGCGGCUGCUGGAGAGGCUGACCGACCUGCGCUUCCUCUCCAUAGACUUCCUCAACACCUUCCUGCACACAUACAGGAUCUUCACCACGGCAACAGUCGUCAUGGACAAACUGGCCGACAUCUACAAGAAGCCCUUCUCCUCCAUACCUAUCAGGGCGCAGUACCACUCAUAUGACCGUCUGUCCAUCUCAUCCAUCUGUCCCGACUACAGUCUGAAGAUCAAGAAGAUAACCAUGGAUCAGUCCAAGUCCUUGGAGCUGUUCUUUGCCACCAACCAGAACAACAGAGGGGGCGAGCACAUGAACGACAAAUCUCCUCGUCUCUGCCGCAAGUUUUCCUCUCCCCCUCCUUUGUCCAUCCAAUCCCGCACUUCCUCCCCUGUCCGAACACGAAAGCUCUCCCUCCACUCCCCCAUCACUGCCAGGGUGGGAGGCCUCGACCUCACCAGUCCUCUGUCAAGCUCCAGCGUCAACCAUAACACUUCCCAGUCUGCCGCCAGCAGCCCCACAUCUGCAACCACCCCCCUAGCCCUGACACCUCAGACCCCAACUCCGACCCCCUCCUCUCCUCCUCCUCCUCCCUCUUCCACCUCUCCCCCACCGAACAACAACUCAAAGCCACCACAGGAACAAGGUCCUACCAUUCCCACAUCCCCAGACCAGAGUCCCUGCUCGCCUGCAGAGGGGGAGGAUGUUCCAAAGAUUGACCCCUUCGGUGGAAAACUGAGACGGAGCAUCCGCAGAUCUGUGCUGGAGUCGGUGUCGCUGGAGAAAAUCAUCCCAGAGUCUCCCCAGAGCAGUGAAGCAGGAGACAUGUCUCCAAGCCGCUCCCCUUCCACACCUCGACACCUGCGCUACAGACAGCCUGGAGUCCAGUCAGGGGAGAACUCACGCUGCUCAGUCUCUCCCGUGUCAGCCUUUGCUAUCGCCACAGCAGCAGCAGGACAUGGUUCACCACCAGUGUUUAAUAACUCUGAGAGAACUUGUGAUAAAGAGUUUAUCAUCCGCCGAGCUGCAACUAACAGAGUUCUCAACGUGCUGCGGCACUGGGUGUCCAAACACUCACAGGACUUUGAGAUGAACGGGGAGCUGAAGAUGUCGGUGAUCUGUCUCCUGGAGGAGGUGCUCAGAGAUCCUGACCUUCUGCCUCAGGAGAGAAAAGCUACUGCCAACAUACUGAGUGCCCUUUCUCUCGAUGAGCAGGACGAUGCCCAGCUGAGGAUAGAGGACAUCCUACAGAUGGCCGACUGUCCGAAGGCAGAGUGUUUCGAGUCUCUCUCAGCGAUGGAGCUGGCAGAGCAGAUCACUCUUCUGGAUCACAUCGUCUUCAGAAGCAUUCCUUAUGAAGAGUUCCUGGGACAGGGCUGGAUGAAGGUGGACAAGACAGAGAGGACACCAUACAUCAUGAAAACUACUCAACACUUCAAUGAUAUGAGCAACCUGGUGGCAUCCCAGAUUAUGACCCACACCGAUGUGGGCUCCAGGGCCAACUCCAUAGAGAAGUGGGUCGCUGUGGCCGACAUCUGCCGCUGUCUCAACAACUACAACGGAGUCCUGGAGAUCACAUCUGCACUCAACCGCAGCGCCAUCUACCGUCUGAAGAAGACCUGGGCUAAAAUCAGCAAACAGACUAAAGCACUGAUGGACAAACUACAGAAGACUGUGUCGUCUGAGGGAAGGUUUAAAAAUCUGAGGGAGACCCUGAAAAACUGCAACCCUCCAAGUGUGCCAUACCUGGGAAUGUAUCUCACAGAUCUGGCCUUUAUUGAGGAGGGGACACCCAACUUCACAGACGAAGGUCUUGUUAACUUCUCCAAAAUGAGGAUGAUAUCCCACAUCAUCCGAGAGAUCCGUCAGUUUCAGCAGACUCCUUACAGAAUAGAGCAUCAAGCCAAGGUGACCCAGUACCUGCUAGAUAAGACUCUCAUCAUGGAUGAAGACACACUCUACGAUCUCUCGCUGAAGAUCGAGCCCAGGCUCCCUGCCUGAGAUACAGCUGUUUGUGGCCAGUGGGAGCCUGCCAGACCUGGACCCCCCGAGGGCAACACGCCCACGUUAUCUCAUCAAUCAGGAGGAAAUUGGAGAGAUUUGAGAGCAGCAUGGAAAUGAAGAUAAGAGCGACACUGACUGAAGUGAGAGAUAUCUUUAGAGUCAAGUAUGACGGUUGGACGGUUGUUUUUUUCCAAGGGACCGAGGGAGCAUGAGAAGGUUGUGGAGUUAUAAUCUCCAAGGAAAACAGGAGGAAAGGUUUUAGUUGCACUGUGUGAGGGUUUUGAGGAAAUUUCGCUAUGUGCGCUCAUCAUUCCUCAGUGGAGUAUGUGGUGCGCAUUUCAUCACACUUCCUCAGACAGCCUGAGAGUGCAGGAAAGGCUGAGAGCAUGGAGUGUAGGAUGAGUGUAAUACAGUGGAUGUAACAGAGAUGUAGCAUAUACAGAUAGUGUGUCAGAGAGAUGUCUGAGCUCGUGUCUCUGUGCUGUUGUCUGUGUUCUGUUGCCUGUGCAUUUCCGUGCCAUGUCCUGGAGCAUAAGCCCCAAAAAAUUGCUUUAUGUCAUGAUGGUCACUGCAUAAAACUUGCAUGAUUUCAGCUUGGGAUGUAACUGUCUAAAUGGCCUUCAACCUGACCCCUGACCCUCAGCUUAGCAUGCUUCACUCUAACCAGGGUGACUCUAAGCCACUAUGCAUCCUCAGUGGGCUAGGUAUGAAAAUAUGCCUUUAAGCCUUUAAAUAUAUUGUGGAAAUAUACCAUAAUUUGGAUAAUUUUAAAUAGAAAUUUGAUUUAUUUUGAUGAAGUGGCUAAUGUUUUCCAUUGUACGGAAUUCUGUAUUUGUCUAUAGUAGGUUUUUGUCUAAAGCCCUCCAUUUACAAUUGAAUGAUACGAAAUUAAAACAUUUAUCAGUGCCUUCCACUAGUGUAGGUCAAUUUCCCCACAAUGUUAUCUUAAGAAAAUAGGUAAUGUCGACUAAACAGUAGCAUGUUAGUGUAAACACAGUAAAGUCAUUGCAGAAAAUAUCUCUCUCUAGUGUUUAAACAUUGUAAUAACCGACCCAAAGCUUUGGUAUGUGUGCACUUUGAUUUCUUUGGCUUUUACAAAUUAUCAGAUACUGACGUGUGUAGUUAGUCCUAGUGUGUAACUCUUGGAUGUAAGCUGGGACCGUUUUUUGCACUCUCUGAGAUGUAGCUUCGCUUGAGUGACAGUAUGAUCGUUAUUUACCAUGCUAUUUAUUUCAUCAGAUAAUGUAUUUAUGCUAUUUUGUAUAAAGUGACUCCACACAUAUCAUAUGAUUGAUGACAAAUUGUUUUGCUGUGAAUAUUAAUUUAUUGUUGUAGUUUUUUGUCUAUCUUGCUUUGAUGUUGAAAUCUAGUUUUGCAUCCCAGCCUCUUGUAUUGCAAGAUAUCUGUUUAACUUUAUUCUGAAGAAAAAAAACGAUGUCUUUUGAACGUUAAAAAGAUGUAGCAUUUGAAUAACCAGAAUGUUUUCUGUAUUGCUGAUAUGAUCAACAUACAGUAGUUGUCCUGCAUGUACACAACAGCUGUAUGUUGUGCAUGUCUAACUGGACGCUCCCUCUGCUUCUCUAUUUGAAUAUUGUCUCUGUAUCUGUCAGGAGGCUCAGUUUAAAGGCAUAGAAAUACUAUUUUGUCCAUCAAAUCUGGCACAUUUGUCUCUUAGUGUAGCUUAUGACAUCACAUCUUUCAGCUCGAGUCAUCUGCAAAUCAGUCUGUCGUUAUGGAGUAGCAGUGUUGGAAGUGAUGCACUCCUCAGUAAAAAAAUAUUCAUCCAACAAUAACCUUGUUCCAGAUUGAUUAAAGAAAAUGUUUAGAGGCUUUGCUUUAAAAAAACACAACCUUUUUUUGCACUGCAUCUGUAUUUCCAAGUGUUUGUUUUAACAUACAGGAUGCCACAUUUAUAUUUUAUUUUCAUUUACGUGUAUUUGUUUGCAUUGUUCACGGUGCAGGAGAAAUAAAUUCAACAUGCCUUAUA